UAUUCAAUUGAUAUCAGUCUCGUUUGGAUACUGUGUACUUACGUUUGGUAUAGUUCCGAAAAAAAACAAACAACGACAAUUAUGGCACCAAAACUUAGUCUUCUCGUCCUGAUGACAUGCGCCGUUGCUGUAUGCAACGCCGAAGCCCCAUUCAGAGGAUAUAGCAGUCGACUCCAGCAGCAACAAGCUGGUCCCUAUCCCGCUUCGGGAUUCAGACCUGAUCGGACUUUUAAUCUUCCCACGGGAGAAGCUAUUGCUCAGCAAUUGAGACUGGCUCAAAUCAAGAAACUCCAGCAGCAAUAUCAGCAACAACAGCAACAAAUCCAGCAACAACAGCAACAAACUCCAAGUCAGUACUACGGAACUCCUUCAGAGAGUGAGGGAUCUCAAUCCCAAUUCCCUCAACAACCUUCUGGAUUAUAUGGUGCCCCACAAGAAGAAGCCUCAAACUUGCAGCCUUCCGACUUCACCCGUCCCGUGCAGCAGCCAUCUCAACAAUACGGAGCUCCCGAAGAGACCUCUGCCUCCCAGCUGCAAGGACAGUUCUUGAGACCCCAGCAAGCUACUUCGCAACGUCAAAUUCAAUUCCAACGUCAGCAACAGCCAUCCCGUCAAUAUGGAGCUCCCAUCAACAAGGCCAUCCCUGAAAGUUCCAGCAGUGAAUCCCUCGAGGAGAGUAAAGAUGUCGAAAAUGUUGCACCUUUGGACAAGAAAUCUGGUCGCAUAACCCAAGGCAAUAAGGAACGUGAUACCGAGAAUGACGAAGCGGAAACUGCUACAAACGUUGCCGCAACCACUGCUGCCAUUCCUGCCGGAUUUGUCUUGGUUCCCAUAUCAGCCGCUCCAGCUGGGUUCACCCCACAGAAGUUGGCACUCUUCCCAGCUCAAGCUGCUCAACCUCAAGCUGCCUUUGCCAAAAUUCAAUACCAACCAAGUUUGAUUGGUUUGGGGUUGCAACAACAAAAAUUACUUGCCACCCCACAAUUGUUGGCUCAGCAGAGCUACUAUCAGCCACAACAGUUUGCCUUCGCUGCUUCUCUGCAGCAAGCUUGGUAAGAUUAAGAAUUAUUUAAGUUAGGUGUGUAGAAUGUUUCGCAAAUACAAAUUUUAGUUUAAAAUAUUAAAA